GACGCGUACGUCGGUAUUAUUCUGUACAAAAAGUUUUGUUAGAACAUAGCUGAUAUUUUUUGUUGUAUAGUUAUUUUUACGAAAAAAAAAAUGAACUCGUUACCUGGAGGAUCUGGUGAUAAUCAUAUGUCUUUAAGUCGGAGAACAUUAUUUCAUAUAAUGCAAGAAAUUAAUGCUAAACAUUUUAAUGCACGAUUUGACCAUUUAAAGAAACGUUUAGUUACAUUAACAGAAUGUCCAGAAAAUUCCUUAAAUAAAUUAUUAUCAUACUUCAUUAGUGAGUUUAAAUCUAAAUGGCAAUCAUCACAGAGAAAAAAGAACAUAUUUCUAUCAAAAAAUAAAAUCUGGUUAGACACUGAAAUACAUUUUCCUUCAAAGAUUUCAACUCAGUCGGGCAAAUCUAGAGGUCGGCCUUCCACAUCAUUUCAUGAUAGUAGUGAUCGAUCAAAAAGAAGAAAAACGGAACAAUUACGUACCCAAUAUAGUCCAACUAUGCUUUCAUAUGCUGCUCAAAUGUCUCUAAGAAAAUCUGGAAAUGUAGAUAGUGCUUACGUUAUAAAAAAUAUUACAUGUACAACACCUACAAGAGCUUCAAAGUACAAAAAAUCUUAUAAAGACAGUAAAAAUAAAAUUAAGGUUAUUUCUAAUGACGAAGCUCUUUCUUUGCUUAUUGAGGCUCAGUUGACAAAGCAUCAGUACAAUUUAAUUAGGACACAGGCAAAAAAACAUGGUUGUAAUAUUUAUCCUGCAUAUCAUCUUUUAAGAUACGCAAAAAAUGAAUGUUAUCCUGAUAAAUCUUGUUUGCAAAUAACAGAAAGUUGUGCUGAAGUGAAAUUACAAGCAUUAUUAGAUAUAACUACUCAAAGAAUUUUAAAAUCACAGGGCCAGGGUAGUAUAUUGAUUCAGUGAGUGAUAAAUAUUUUGAAAAAUUAUAUUUAAUUUCCAAAUGGGGUUGUGAUGGUAGUUCUCAACAAAGUGAAUACAAACAAGUUUUUAAUAGUGAAUGCGACUCGGACUCGAGUAUAUUUUUUACAUCUGUUGUACCUUUGCAAUUAGUUAGUGGAGAUAUAGAUGGCCCCAAUAAGAUAAUACUAUGGCAAAAUCCCCGUCCUUCAUCACCCAGAUAUUGUCGACCAAUUAAAAUUCAAUUUAUACAUGAGACCGUAGACAUAACUUUACAAGAAAAGGUGUGUAUAGAAAAUCAAAUAGAAAAACUUCAACCAUCUAUUUUUCAUUUUAACGAUACUGAAAUCAUGGUGAAACAUAUUUUGAUGUUUACUAUGAUUGAUGGUAAAGUGUGUAACUCAGUCACUUCAACUAAGUCUGCAAUGAAGUGUUAUAUAUGUGGAAGUACAUCUAAAGAUUUUAAUAAAAUUGAAAAAAUGAUAGAUAUAAAAACAAAUGAUUUA